UUUAUCAGUAAAAGAAAAUAUAAUUUUAUUAUCAAGGCAAUAAGGGUGCUCAAGUAUUUUGAUCAUUACUGUAAACUUUCUUGUUGCGCAUUUCUAAUAUGGAAAUUAACAGGAGUUAAAAACGGAAACAGGAAGCGUCUUACAUAAUUAAGAUUAAACAAGACUAAUAAUCAAUAGUCAAAUUAAAUUAACAAAGCUCUAAACUGAGCGCUACUUUAAAACUCAACUUCAUCAUUACAACAAAGUAAAUUAACAGUUCAAAACUUUCCUAUAGACUAACAGUUAAAUAUUUAACACCGCUUUGAUCCAUUAUUAAUCUUACAAAUGAGCGGGCGAUGCAACAAGUCUGCCGCCCGCCCGCCCGUCAGUACCGCCGCGACCAUGGCAUCGGACGGACGUACGAAGCGCUCGCAGUCGAUAUGCGCGCCGGCCUCCGCUAGCAUGGAGGCCCUCGUGGCCCCCAUGGAGACUACACCCGCGCCGCGCCGUCGCCCCGCAGCGCGCUCCCAAUCCGCCAGAAUCACAGGCGGUCGAAGUGUCAGACAUCGGCGGCAGCAACAACAGCAACAGCUGGACAGGGAGACCAGAGCACGCUACAGUUCUGAACCACGAUUAGCAGAAGCAGAAACACCCCCUCAAGUGAGAAGGCAGGCUUCGGCAAGACGUAGACCUCCGCCUGGACAUAACAGCCAACCUCGCCGCUCCAAUGCCUUCCUGGAUGUUCCUAAACCACAUCAACCGGAACAGGAGGAACCUGAUGAGGAUUCCUACCGGCUCCGCACCUUCAACAUCACGCAGAAAGGAGGAAUUGUCAACCGCGGCGACUCAUUCCGCCGCCGCCGCUCCCGCUCCGGCUCGCUCGCACCGUCGCCCGCGCAGCCCGAACCUAGCGAACGACGCGUGGUCGCUCUGCAUAGGGUCGCCAUGGUUGGUGCGCCUGGCGUGGGGAAGACUGCUUUAAUCAGCCAGUUCCAAACUAGCGAGUGUAUUAACGCGUAUGACAGACAAAGAGAUCCUGAUGCAGAACAGAAAGUGUCCAUAAUGCUGAACGGGGAGGAAUCAGAAUUAUACUUCGUCAACUGUACCACUUCUAAGGAGGAAAUCGACCGCUCGGAGCCUCCAGACGCAUUCGUUGUCAUAUACAGCGUGGUCGACAAGGCGUCCUUCCAGAAGGCUGAACAGGAGUUGGCCAGGCUAUUGGACUGCGAUAUGCUGAGGUCAAGGCCAGCUGUGCUGGUUGGGAACAAGAUAGACCUGGCACGGAGUCGGGCAGUCUCCACACAAGAUGGCAAAUGCCUAGCGUGCACAUAUAAAGCGAAGUUCGUCGAAGUCUCCGUCGGAAUCAAUCACAACGUGGACGAACUUCUCGUCGGUAUCCUCAACCAGAUCCGAUUAAAGAAACAACAGUAUUCAGCAGAAGGUGGAAGGGAGUCAUCCCCAGCACAUUGGUACAAGUCCAGAGGCGUAGUACGAGCGAGCAUGAAGGCGCGACAAAUGCUCACCUGGAUAUUCGGUAAAGAAGAUUCCAAAUUCAAAAACUGUGAGAACCUAAACGUCCUGUGAGUAGAAAACGACGGACCUGUGUUCGUCUAAUGGAAUAUGGACUUUAUAACAAGUGUGAUUAAGUGUAAAUUUGCAUUGUGUUCGUUUUAAGUGUUAUAUUCGAGUUUACUUUUUAAUUUUAUUUAGGCCGCGGACACGUUUCAGCCAGUUAGUGAUUAAAGUGGGUGAUAAACGAGUGAAAGUUUAACCAGACAUUAAAGUAGUCUUUUAAAUUCCACGUCGGGAGAAAAAAGCACAAUAUCGGUAACAGUACUUGAAACACGAGGCAUUUUUGAGCCUGUUAUGUUAUUUUAAUGCUGGAACGAUCAGACACUGAGUUGAAAAAACUCUAUGUAACUUAUUAGCUCGGUUAUUACUUACGUUUGAGCAGUUGAUUGCCUUUGGGAUCUUAGGCCGAAAAAGUACCAUUAAGUAUAAAGACCAAUAAGCAUAGUCUUUUCACCUAGAGGUCUAUUGUCGCCUAACCAAAAGGUGUAAACGAAUAAAAGGGCUAUUCAGCCUCUCAUUUUCACAAAUAGCUGCAUCUCUAUCGAUUAGCCAACCCUGAAAACAAUCAACUCGCACGCUCGCAAAAUGGCUACAAUAUGUCAUCAUGUUUUAUUCCUCUCUAACGCGUAAGAGAGAGGAAUAAAGCGAAUACGUUUCCAAAAUGGAGUAGUAACGCCAAAUAGCGAAAUUGGUAGAUUUAAAUUGUUAUUGUGCCAAAUUUUCGAGAGAAUUUAAUCUAUAAUCGUUAAGUGUGUUAAGCUAGGUAAAGGAAAAUUAAGUGAGAAAAACAGUAUUUUCCCCGUGUUUAUCUUAAAAUGACGUAUCAGCAAUAUUUUACUCGUAAGUGACACAAUUUAUCAUGUAGUUUAAUAUAUAUCGAUUAUUGGACCAUGCUGUGUAUUGUAAAAUAUAUAACUUGUAUCUAUGUAUAUACAUCCUGCAACAAUAGAUUAUUAUUAGUAAAACAAAUCUUUGAAAGACCAAAUUUAACUUGGAAACAUAAAUAUUAAUACGUAAUAAUAUAUAACUAUAUCCUCCUUCCAUAUACAGAAAAGUUAGUCCAAAAGGCAUUCUUUUAAACUCAUACGACCCAAUCUGUAUUAUAAAUGCAGUUUAUCUAAUUUUUCAGUUAUAAUAUUAGAAUAAAAUAUAAUUAUAUAACCAAAAUCCUAAGGGUGUCCGCUAGCUGGCGCGGGUGCACGAAGCGAGCGCACGCACGCGGGUGACAUUGCUUAAUGGGAUAUGCAAAAUCUGUUGCACCGGUUGCACGCGUCCGCGCCAAUCAGCGUCGCUCAUACGAUUUUUCGUUAACCCGCUCACCCACUCUGUGCAACCGCGCCAGCUAGCGAACGCCCUAUGAAGUAGAACCUCUAAAUUGCAUAUUCAGUAUAUUAUAAGUAAUAUACGACCUUUCUAUGAAUACGUAAAUUAAUCUUCUAAUAUUAAUCAGGGUCCACUUAUUCCUUCCAUCCACGCCAAACCUUAAUCUACAAAUUAAAACUAAAUUAAUUAACAUUAAAGAAAAAUGUACAACAAUUUUGAUAAAAAGCACUUAGAAAGAAAGGGUCAGCUGAGCUCUCCCUAACCAUAUUUUAAUUUAGG